CUGACUCGACUACAAUACUGCUUUGACAGAAUAGGACUGCAUUGUAUUGUUUAUACAAGUUUAAUUGUAAAUUAUUAACACAUUGCCUCCAAAACAACAGUCUCUGCAAAUAUUUUGUUAAAUAAUUUCCUUAAAAAAAAAAAAAUUUCACACAUUGGUAACACACUACCAGAAGAUCUUCAGACUAAAACAGUAGUCCCACCACUUAAAAGGCAAUAUAGACAACUUCACAGCUUAAACAACAUACAUUUGUGUGUCGAAUAAUCAAUAUAGGUGCUUUAACAAAAAUAAGAGCUUCGUGUUUCUGCUUUUAAAGCCUUCAGAAUGCCUUGCCCCUCAGAUUUUCCUUCUAAGUUCAUUAUCGUAAACACAGUGCUUACUUGUUGUUACAAACUGCGGAUGAGUUCGAUAUGUUGUUUGUGGUAAUUGACAUCAUGUCACAGAUGCUGUCAAUAGAGCUUAACUUGUUUUCAACCCGAACAUUCCUUUAACGCGGUGCCAGUCAUAGAGCGGUAAGCAGUUCUCAGCCACAGCCAACAUAAUCUCACUUGUUUACAAAGCAGCAAACCUAAAUUUGCUUUAUAGUGACUGUAAUGUGAAAAACUAGCCCCUAUUUGUCUUGUAAAUUACAAUUUAAUGUUAAUUAAGCCACAUCCAUCCAUCACAGUGGCACAAAUGUACACCCAGAUUAGGUGAUGGGGCUCCACCUAUAAAGAAAUAGGGCAUAUUUCAAUAACCAACCAGCAAGCCUUAACACAGCGAAUGCAUCAUAAUGUAACAACGCAGGGCAGGAUGGAUAUUAAAGUGACUUACACAGAGGUUUGUAAAGCAUGACCCGAGAAUACAUUCGGCUGUUUGUUCUGGAGUCAUAUUUUUCAUUGUGAAUGAAAGCGAUGAGGCUACAGCGCCACCUGCCUCCAGCAGAAGGCUUUAAUGAGGUUUCAUGCAGAGCCAGAAAGCCUUAUUGUCCACAUAUACACAUUUUCUCUCUCUCUCACACACACACACACACGCCCGGAUGACGAAUGGCCCCGCUCCGUCGUGCCACUCCAUGCUAAUGCCUGUUUGGUGUGUGCGUUUGGCAGCGUGCCUCUAUUUGCAUACGCCGACCAGCGAGGGUCCGAGCGCCUCGCUGCGUGCGCCCCUCUACCUCCCCACUAUGUUUGGUGUCAGAGCCUCUGGGAUAUUAAUAGGAGCCCUGUUUUAUUUUCUGGGUCUGAAAGCGGUGCAGUGGAGCGUUAGUAAAGGGAAUCCGUCUCUUUGUGCUUAACAUAUGUAAUGCCCACUAAUCAGCCUCAGCUCUGCCGCACAGCGGCCCCAUAUUCACACUGAUAUGAUAAAUAAUGCAAAUGUGGCCAGCCACCGCAAAUGCCAGAGUGAGCCAGGGCGCACGGAGAGCGUGCCGGAGCCCGAGAGCUGGCGGAACAGAAUGGUUGUUUUGCUGUCACAUUGAUUUGCAUGAUAAAGGGCAGGCUAAUUGCAACACUUAGCUGCGGCGUCCUGAUAAUACGCUACAGGAUUAUUAAAGGACACGCGACGGCUCUCUCCUUUGACUUGACUGAUAGACUUUUUGGGGAGGCGCUGAUGCUGGCUUGGAGGAGCUGUUUGCUGCCAACUCACGCAGUGCGAAACCUCAUAGUGGCCGUAGAAAGCGUACUCGCUUUCCCACUUAAACACCCACAUGUAUUUUUGUUUCUAAGUUAUUGCUCACCGCAGGGGUGGGUCUGCACAGCGGAUUCAAGGCGUAAGAGCUGAAGAAAAAGCCUGUUUGUGGGUGCGUGCUAUAGGCGAGCCUUCUUUUUUCUUUAAAAAUAAUAAUAAUAAAUGAUGGAUGUUUCGUAUUAGAAAAAGGUGCAGAAAAUCCAAUUUAGUCUCAGGCUUUGAAAAAAAGUAAAAAAAAAAAGAAAAAGUGGAAUUCUGUAUCACUCAGCCAAUCUUUCGCUUUAAUGCUCACACAGGGGCCGGCGCUCAAUGAUUUAAUGUGGCUUGUGAAAAUGGCCGCCAUUAUGUACACUAUUAACAAAUCAAGUGCUGCGCUAUCCAAGAGUGAAUCUCUGGCACUUAUGCUGUAUGGCCUCAUGUCUCUCAUUGGUGAUUUAUUGACCAUGUUUAUAAUCAUAAAUGUGAGCUGUAUAUUUAAAGUUAGAAAUUAGUAUUCUGGUUUGGUUUGGUUGGUCUCCCGCUGCAGGAAAAUGGUAAAAGAUGGCUAUGCAGAUUUUUGGAACAUGGUUUAUUUCUGGUCUACCUACAGUAUCGUUUUUGGUCAUUUCUAAAAUGGUCACUGAUCAGUCGAUGCAUGUGAAACCAGUAACCAUCAGAAGCUGGUUUUAGCUUAAAUUUCCACAAGGGGCUCCUUUUCUUCCCAUUUCUCCCUAAUGUUUUCUGUCUCCUUGCUUCAUCCUUAUAUUCCAGUCCUGGCAGUCUGCUGGAAUCCUGUACUCUAAUGAAGCCAGCAUGAGCAGUAAGCUUUAGCCAGGAGGAAGUCUGGUCUUUCACUCUUGCUACAGAUUGGUUAAUAUCCCUGUGCACCACAUUAAAAAAAUAAAAGGAAAAAAUGGGCAUUCCUAUUUAAUGAACCAUUUCCUCCAAGCAGGGACACAAAAGCCAAACCAUAAAAUUGCAGAAAGUGCGAGGAAUAAAAGCAGUGUACGCUGUAAAAGACACAUUUCCUCUUUUUGUUCUCGCUGUGAUAGCAGUAAUGCGCAGUGUUCACAUCGAAAACACUGUUAAUUCUUUUGGCCGAAGCGCAGAAGGAAAAGUUUGCUCAAUUCCCUUUAGUGCUCAGCAGCGUCCAUAUGUCCAUAAUCUUGAAACCAUUAAAAUUACUUUAUUAUUUUUUUCAGCCCUGCUUUUAUUUCUCUUGCAGAAACUAGCAGGAUUUCGGCUGAAUUAUCUGCUUAUAUUACAUAUCCACUACCAACUCUUGUGACCAAUGUAAGAGACACAGCUAUACCAGAUCUCACAAGUACAAUGCGUAUAAAGAACAUGUGGUGACACAGUCUUCGGCGUUCGGUGACGCAUUGAGCCGUCUGCUCCUGAGAGGCAAAGUUCAGAGCCCUCGGUAGGUCUAACACCCACGGUCAACAAACACUCACAUUCUCAGCUCGCACAUAAACAGGUACAGCUGCUCAAAAAAAGAAAAAAAAUCCAGCCGUUUGUACACUUCAUCAUAGCAUGCAGAUGUUUUUCUAAGUCUUUUCACACGUUCGAAAUGGCUUCUACGUCCAAGGCCGCAGCUGUGUGGAUCUAAUGUCUUUUUCCCCUGCUCUGCUUUGGUGAACGACUCUCGGUUGUGAACUGUGUCAGCUCUAUAAAGAUUUUGGUUGGAAAGGGGACAGCUCUGCGGAGUACAUGUUAGUUUUAUUUACGUUGAGGUUUUAUUCGCUAUUCGAGCUGGGCUUAAGUGGGUCUCCUGCGUAUUGUAGUUAAGCAGCCACAGAUGCCGGCCAGUAUGUCUCGGGGUCCCCAUGUUGGAAUUGGCUACCACAUUUGAAACGUUCCUCUCGCAGGUUUCCCCGAAUUUGUCAGAAAGACUGCGAGAUGCAUUUUCUCUGAUCCAAUUAAGCCUGUCAUUGCCCUUUAAGCUAACAUGCGGACAUAGCAGAAACAUUUAUGUGGCAGUCAGAGGUCAUACACCAGACCCUCCAAGCAUUGUCUUGGCCUUUUUUUGUCAGACGUGCAGCCCGAUCUAAUUUGGUGGGGUCUGAGACUUGGAUGCCGAUUUUCUGACAGGCCUGUACGUUUUUGAAGUACACGUAAUUUGAAGUGGUGACAGGCGGCACUGGGCCAGGCUCUGCUAGAGUGAUGGAGUGAUUCAACAGUUCACUUGGGCUUUAUUAGAUCAGCACUGUGAUUACCCAUCAGCCCUUGGGAACGCACUGGCCGUGUGCAUGGGAGCCUGGCACACUUGCAGGUGUCAAGGUAAACAAACACCAGUCAAAUGUGAUAGAGGAGAUGAAGUGGUGAGAAGCACAGACUCCAGACCAUAUGUUUUUGCCAUUUGUAGCUGUAUGAAAGAUUAGUGUGCUUAUUUUCAUGUCAUGACAACGAUGGAUCUGUAAAGACAUUAGCUCUGUUUCCAAGCAUGGUAAGCCGCCUUGCUGUUUACUGACUGUAUAGUCAGCUUUUAACCCUACAACCUUACAAUUGACUGAUUUGAAAGGAUUUAUAUACGCUGCAUUUUUUACAUUGCUUUUAAAGCAAACCAUGAAGGAGACUUGACUAACAGAUGAUUCCAAUAGAGUUUUACACACAGUUUGACAUACAGUACUGGUAAAAAAUCGGAAAAUAUAUAACAUAUUAUUAUAACAUUUUAUAAUAAUGGUAAACUCAUCAAAACUAUGGAAUAACAAAUUAAAACUCGAUUUUAUUAUCUGAUAUGUAGUCACCCUUUGUCUAGAAUUUGCUAAAUCAUACUUGUGGCAUUUAUUAAUUAGCUUCUUGAGGUCUCACACUGAGAUGCAUUUUAAACAAUAUUUAAGGAGUUUGCAUCUAUUCUGGGCUCUUACUGGCUGUGUUUUCUUCAAUAUUUAAUCUAAGGGAAAGAUUUACUUAACAGGGCUAAUUAGUCUAAGAGCGCAAUUAAAAAAAAAGUUGAUGGGAGUGGAAAUUUCUGUGUGCGAUUUACUGGCGCAUGUUAAAAAACACAGGCCUAAUUUUCAAAAUGACCAAUGCAAUCUACCAAGAGCAGUGCAAAUUUGCGUAGGUAUGCUUUUUUAGGCAUUAAAUAAUGCAGCAAAUACUGUACAUGUAAAGUACGAGGGCAAAACGUAAUAAAUUGUGUUACUUUAAAUAUUCUCCUCCCAUAAAUUUUGCAUCCGAAAGGGAAACUCCUACAAAUGCAUAUGCAAUAAGGUCAGUCGUAUAAGUAAGUACAAUAGUAUAAGCAAAUACAAUAAGUAUUUUUACUGUGCGUCUUUAGUAAAUCCUGACAGUAGAAUUUGAAUGGCAAAAGCUUUUUCACUGAAGCAAGCUUUAAGUAAAUCUGUUAAAUAAUUUUGAAAAAAAAAAUUUCUAAUGUAAGAAAUUCAUGUUGGGCACACAUUUUCGUCUGCAGAAAUAAUUGCAAACAUUUAAACAUACACCUUCAGAUUAAAAAAAAAUUUAAGAUCACGGGGAACAUUUGAAUCAGGUGUUUUUAAUUUUUUUACUGGUGCUAUAUUUGCUAGGCCAACAACACAAUACUUUAUAAAAAUCUGUAAAAUAGUAAAUUUUUCAAAAUACUGAACUAGGGGUGGGCGAUAUGACCAAAAUUUUAUUUCACGAUAGGAUUCAUUUUAUAUCAUUAUAACAAUAUGUGUCACGGUAGAGGUUUUUAUCUUUUAAUGAGGUUUUUUUUGUUAUUAAAAUAUUUAAUGCCAUUCUCACAAAAAACGUAUACAUGCAUAUAAAAGAAGAUAAAAACAAGCUCACUAAAGAUAAACAGUAAGUAAUGAAAGAAUGAUGAUAAAUAAUAGUGUGUAUCUUAUUAAGAGUAGAAAGUGAUUUAGUCCAGAGCAGAUUUUCACAAAAACAUGAAUGACAGACAUGAGCAAAAUUAGGUAACUUCCCCUUUAAGACCCAUUUCCGGAUCCAAUCUAAUGUUACACAUGCAUUUUCUUUUUCAGCUGUUUACUUUCUCUUAAGCCCUAAAUGUUUGUGUUUAUGAGGAUACUUGCAAAGACGGGAAUUUUUAUGCAUAUAUGUAUUUAAGGCAAAUAAAGUGGCAAAAAUGCUCACAAGCUUAAUGAGCAGCGGAUGCGCGACUUGCAUGCUCCUCUGACACAGAAACAGCAUGCGCAUAUAGCACUGUUGUUUGUGUUUCAAAGGCUUAAAUGUGUACAAACGUUAAGUUUCCUGACCACGCGCACAGCAACGUGAUGUGGGAUCGUAGAGACGAUAGUCCAAAAUCUCAACCAGUUGACAAAUAUCUACCGGUUUAUCAUAUCUACCGGUUUAUUGCCCACCCUUAUACUGAACUAAUCUGAUCUUUUAUUCACAGAGCUUACUGCAGUGCAUUCUGGGAUUCUUUCAUCUACAUAGGAUAGAUGCAAUUCUACGGAUUUAACCAAAACAAGAUCAUUUUAGGAAAACGCAACACCGUGAAAAAGAUAAAUCUCAUAUGAGGACGUUUAUGAGAAACAUCCAAGACAAAGUUGAUACUUCAAAGAAAAAUAGCUGUUGACUCUCAUUUCUGUUAAAGAGCAACUUUUGAGCAAUAAAACAAGUCAUGUGACUGAUGAUGGAGCCCAGUCAGGACGUCUUACCGGAACAACUUGAGGAGUCUUUUUCAGACCAAAGUGACAAAGCUAAAAUGUCCACUGAUCUCAAAGCCCUCAGAGGAACAGAGUUGUUGAAGACGGAGUUGUCACGUCGGGACGCGAAUAUCCAAAGACUCCAGCAAGACCUGCUCUUCUCUCAUCAGGCCCGUGACACCCAGAGCGUUCAGCUGGACGUCCAGGAGCAGAGACUGUGGGGUUUGCAGAGAGAGCUACAGGAAAGCCAGCAAGAGCUCCAACGUGAACGCAACCGCAACCAACAGCUACACAAGGAGCUACAAGAUGCCAAGCAGCAAGACCAGAAGCUACAGGCUCAGGGUGAUGAGCGGGUCCGGCAGCUGGAGGAGGAGCUGUCCAGGAUCAAAUUUCAGCAUGGUUCAGUCAGUCAGCAGUUACAGGAGCAGUGUUCAGCAUGCUGUACCCUACAGAGAGCACAGGAUGAGCUGAAGGAGAAAGAGAGACAGUGGCAGAUAGAGAAAUCCGCUCUACAUGAUCAGCUGAACCACGUCAGAGAGGAGCUCCACAGCGCCACCCUCAGGGAAGAGGAGCAUCGGUUAAAAGUGGUGCAGAUUGAUGAACUCCAAAAAGAGGUUGACAUGACGCUCGCACUCCUGGAAAAAGAAAGAGAGGACUGUGUAAAGGCCGAAGAGCUGGAACGACUGCGAGAAGAGCAACUCAAGGACAAGGUCCAGCAUCAAGAGGAGCUGAUUAUAAAGCUACAAAAAGAGCUUGAAAAGAUCACAUCAGAGAAGGAGAAAGAGCUGAGAGAAUGGAAGGAAAGAUGGCACUGCAUCUCAGAGAACCUUAGGAACACAAAGAACCAACUCCAGCAGGCCCAGGACAGCAGAGAUCAGGAUCUCAUGAGCCUGGACCUUCAGCAGGAGAAGAUACGCAGCAUUCAAAAUGAUAUGGAGCAACUUCACAUCACGCUGGGUCAGCGUGAGAGCAAACUGGAAGUUCUGCUUCAGGAGACGACAGUCCUUCGCCAGCAGCUGCUCAGCUCCCAAGAUUCACUGCAGCAGGUGACCGAAGAGCUUCAGGCCUGUGAGAAAGAGCUGAAAGAGUGUAAAGGCCAGAACAAGUCGCUCUGUGCGUUGUGUCGGGAGGUACCGCGUUGGCAGCAGGAGGCGCUGGAGCAGAGGCAGAGACGAGUAACGGAGGUGCAGGACCUUAAGAAAGAGCAGGAGAGCACUCAAGGCCGCCUGCAGCUGAAGACAGCCCACAGACAACAGAGAGACACAGAAGAAAAGAUCACCUACAGGGAUACAACCCUCUGUAGUCAGAAUACAGAGUUGAUUCACCUGAAAACUGGCUUAUUGGAGGCUGAGACGUUAGCUACUGAUGCAGAGGCCAGACUACAACCUCUUAGUGACUCCCUCGAGCUAUACAAACAAAAGUACCAAGACUGCCUCAACAAAAUCGCCCAACUAGAGAGUACCCAGCAAAGCCAGGUACAGGACCUGAAAGAGACCCAUGAUAAGGGCUGUGUGUGUCCUCAGGUGUUGGAGCGAGACGAGCAGAUUUUACGUCUGAGAGCUCAGAUUGUAGCUCUGCGGGGGGAUCUUCAGGUACACUCUGCCCAGCUGGAGAGUGGAGAUGAUGCCCUCACCACUCUGAGCCAGCAGCUGCGAAACACGCUGGGUGAACUGGAGCACAGCCGUAAACAUGCCCAGGAGUGUGAGAUGCUCAUCAGCACCCUCAAAGACUCCAGCGAGAGCCUACGACGCCAGAUGGAAGAGCAGGAAGAGACUUUGGUAAAGGUCCAGGCUGAUUUUUCCAUCUACCGAUCCACUCAUGUUCACUCCAGUUCAGACUACGAAUCCCAGCACUCCCGCGUUCAGGAACUGGAGCAUGCGCUGUUCCAAUCACUGGAGCGCUGCCGUGAGAGUGCCCAGCAGCUGCGGGCGUGCCAACUGGACCUGGAGCGUCACAGAAGCGACAGUUCGGCAGAGUUGCAGAGACUACUGCACCUCCAGUCGCAUGCAUCGUGUGAGGACCAGAGUCGAGCACAAGUUGAUUCUCUGGAGCAGAAGGUCGCCAAUCUGGAAGAAGAGCUUCGAGCUGCUCAAAGACAGUGUGCCCUAAAAGAACAGUCUAUCCAGAAAAGAGACACCCUGUUGAGACGGUCUGAGGCUGAUCUCCUGCAGGCUCGGGAGAAGAUUCAAGGCAAGGCGGCAGAGGCGGAGAGGCAGAUCGUCUCUGCUCGAGGCCUUGAAGCCAGUCUGCAGAGAGCAAAGAAAGAAAAGAGGCAGAAAGAGAAAGAGUGUGCGUCCCUCAGAAUACAACUAAUGAAGCUUAGGGAGGAACUGAAAGACGCUCAGACCAGCUGCAGAGAUACUGCCCAGGAGUUGGCGCGGCAGCAGGAGAGGUCGGAGCUGUUGGAGAGAGGCCAGCGUGUGGCACAGGAGCAGCUUACUGAGCGUGUGACAGAGCUGGUGCGAGGAGAGAAAACACAGCGGAGACUUCAGGCAGAACUCAAAAGAUUAACAGACAAAGUGGAGACCGUUGAAAAGGAGCUCCAGGACUCACGGAGGCUUGUGGAGCGUUUGCAGUCGGAGAUGCUCAACGCUCAACAGGAGGCCACAAGACUCCAGAAGGAGAAACAGCAGAUCCAGGAAGAGUUGACCAUCAGCAGAGAGAGCUUCUCAGCCCUGCAAACUAAGCUGAGUGAGCAGGAGAGGCUUCUGAUCACACUUCAGGAACGCAUAUCUGAGCUGCACAGCGCCACCCGCAGGCUACAAGAAGAGGAAGCCAACAGUCAGAUCCAACUGCAGUUAUGUCGGAAAGAACUGGAGACAAGAGACACCCAGGCUCAAAAACACAACCAAGAGAUGAGCACCCUGCAGGCCACAGUAUCCAAACUGACGCUGGAUCUGGAGCAGGAGAAAGAGAAGGGGCGACAGGGGUUACGAGAGGCAACCAAAGCCCAGCAAAGAGCAAGAAACCUCAAACUGGAGCUCAGUACAGCACAGGCCUCUCAUAAAGAGGGUAUGGAUCUGCUGUCCGAGUGCAGUCGUGAGCUGGCGGCCCAGAAGAGCGAGCAGGUUCGUCUGCAGCAGUGCCUGAUCCAGCUGACAGAGGAGAGAGCAGCUCAAGAAGAGAGAGCCCGACAGCUGAGUGCAGAUCUACAGAAAGUUCACAAUGAGAGCAGAUGCUCUCAGGAGGAGGCCCGGGCGUGUGAAGGGCGACUGGCAGAACUGCACACUCAGCUGUCACGCUCACAGCAGUGGGCACAGCAGCAGUUAACAGCCCUGCAGUCCAGAGAAGAGGAGGUCAUCAUGCUGAAGAUGGAGAUGGCCUCUCUCAGGGAGAACUACCAAGUCAAAGUAGCUCAGGUUGAGGCUAUGUACUCGCAGAUAGAUGCUGUCGAUCAGAAGUACAACGCAGCUGUGUGUGAGGUGGACAUUUUACGGCAGUGUUUGGGUGACGCACGGUGUGACAGCUCUCGUCUUCACAGGGAAAGUGAGCUGGUCGUGAGCAAUGUGAACCAGUGGGUAAAGGAGCAAAAGCACACUAAUGAGAAACUGGCACUUCAGAUCAAAGACCAGAGCAGGAAGAUCAUCCACCUGACAGCUGAGAAAGAUCACCUUCAGGAGAACGUGAAAGGUCUGCAGGGAGAGAUUCGAAGGCUAAAAGCUGAGUUGGAUAAUGAGAGAAUGGAGACAGAAAGACUUAAGUGAACAGAAGCUGAGAAAACAGAAAGCUUUCUGACCACCUGUGUGCCUGAAUUUCCCCCUGACUGCCUCAGAAGACUUUGGAGAAAAGUAACAUGAACAUGCACUACUUUAGAUGCUUUGUGUGCUCAACAAAAGUUUUUUCCUAUGUUAUACCUCAUUUUUGCCACCUGUAUGCCACUGUCACCACUUAAAUCUGUUUUUUAGAUAUGCGUCACAUUUAAAUUUGCGUUUAUUCAUAGGGACUUACAGUGCAGCCAAUCUAUAUACUUUUUAUGAAAAUGUCUGUUCCCUGGGGACAAUAUUGUAUAUUUAGAUUUGUUAGCAUAUAGUUAUUUGGUCAUUUAUAAUGAUAAUAUUUUAUGAAAUGUGUCCUGUUAUAUACAGAUGACUUUAAAUAUUGUCAAAAUUUUCAGUGCCGCGUCUGCUUAUAAUGGUUCAAUCAUAUAAAAUGUCUUGUAUGAAUGAUUGCCCAAUAUAUAACCAAAAAUUACAUUAAACACAAUGAAAAGAUCGGGUAUCACAUCCAGUGAUUUGCUGCAAGUAAUAGGCUUUUAAAUUAUUAAUGUAAUUCCUUAUGCACUUUGUCAUCAUGUAUUUCCCCUGAACAUCAAU